AUGAAACUGUUUCGUCGAGGAUGCGAUACUCCAUUGGCGUUGACAACGUCCUCCUGGGUAACCACUGGAGGCACAGCCGAUUCUCUGAACCUAAAUCCGCUGCCAGAAGACGUUCCGGACAUGGCAGCUUCGGCAGCCAACGCCAUCCGUAGUUCUGUUUCCCCGCUCAUCGAAAAACCAAUGCUGCCCCUUGGGCCUUUCGACCUUGCCUGGGAUAAGGAUUGUGAAUAUGUGUGCUUAGGUGCAUUCGUCUGCAAGUUCAAGAUGGGGGCUGGCGUAGGCGGCAGGAUCGGCAUGGGUUCGUCGUCGUCGUUAUCUACGUCAUCCAUGACAGAAAAAGCGGAAGGCACACCUGGGGGCGAUGAGGACAGGGGACUGACAAACAUGGCUGACAUGGAGAGGUGGCGGGAAGCCGUGGUACUGCUCAGAGCUGAUGUGGUGGAGGGUGGCGUGUAUGACUGCGGUCUAGAGGACCCGGUUGUAGAAGGGCCGCUGGAAGAAAGUGGACGAGAAGUAAUACCAUUUUUGCGGAUUGCGGAGUAA